ACAAAAUAUUGUGUCUGUAUAUGCAUUUUCUAGAGAGAAGGUCCAGCACUCUCUUGCGAUCUUAAAAGGAUCUGAGACUCAAGAAAAAGUGGUAGCUUAAUAUCCUUCACUCCUAGUCAUUGAGAACAUGUUCACAAAGAUAGAAGCCAUUUUUAGGGAGGUGAUUUGGAAUGAAGGUCAGAAGUAGAUGUUUUCCAUUUGUGAGCCAGGAAGAAGGGAUGGGACCAUCAUUCUCCAAUAUCACUUUCUCUGAGCAACCCAAGAUUUAAACCUGUGCCUAAUCAGUACACAUCAAAAAUAUUUAUUUGAUUUUGGUUUCCCCCUUGGGUAAAUGUGGCAAAUAUAUUUUACUUUUGCUGCCAUGACCAGCAUCUUUUUUCUUUGCAUCUCUUUAUUUGGGCCUCAAGCUCCUUGGGAUUUGUAGUCUAUAAAAAGCUCCUGAUGAGUAAUCAAAUUAGUGCCACUAACUUCUUGUUAGUAAAUCAUGUUGUAUUUUAUGUUCUACUGGACUUUUUCUUCACUUUCUAUCUGGGAGACCGCAGAAAGUUUCCUGUCGGUGUUUGUACUCAGAGUGUCUGGAGGCUCAUGGUUACAAACCAUGAUGCCAUAAGGCUUUAUAAUGAGAGAAUCAUUUUAUGGCUUUGGAAUGCAUAUCAAGUCAAAAGGGCCCCUGUUUCUUUUCUCCCUUAAAAGAUAUUGUGCUUACAGAGUAGUUGAAUAGCAAUUUUGGCAGCCAUUGUCCUUCUCUGAAGAAAAUGUUUUAAGUGGGAAUGUUAUUUUACUUUUUUACCUCUAGUACUAAAGAACUUGCAUGGUGUAUAUUUUCAAAAAACAGUAUGACUUCUUAAAUGCACCUAUGAUAUGUGUUUUAGAAAUAGAUGUUAAAUUUUGGUUUGAAUGAAAAAAUGUCUCUCAAUCCACCUAUAUUUCUCAAAGAAAGGGAAGAAAAUAGUUCAAAAUUUGUGGAAAUACAGCAGCCACAAACUGCUUCCAGAUCUUCAGAAGAUCCUCUGCAGAACUUAUGCUUAGCUUCUCAAGAAGUUCUUCAAAAAGCUCAACGAAGUGGGAGAUCCAAAUGUCUCAAAUGUGGUGGUUCCAGAAUGUUCUACUGUUAUACAUGUUACGUCCCGGUUGAAAACGUGCCUCUUGAACAGAUGCCACUUGUGAAGCUUCCACUGAAGAUUGACAUCAUUAAACAUCCAAAUGAAACAGAUGGCAAAAGUACUGCUAUACAUGCAAAACUCUUAGCACCUGACUUUGUAAAUAUUUACACGUACCCUUGUAUUCCAGAAUAUGAAGAAAAGGACCAUGAAGUUGCACUUGUUUUUCCUGGACCUAAGUCUGUCUCAGUAAAAGAUAUUUCGUUUCAUCUGCAAAAAAGGAUUCAAAAUAAUGUUAGAGGCAAAAAUGAUGACCCUGACAAGCCAUCCACUAAACGCAAGAAAACUGAGGAAGAGGAUUUGAAUGACAGCAAGUGCAAAGACACAACAUUGAAAAAAAUUAUAUUUAUAGAUAGUACCUGGAACCAAACAAACAAAAUAUUCACUGAUGAGAGACUUCAAGGGUUAUUACAAGUUGAGUUGAAAACAAGAAAAACUUGCUUUUGGCGCCAUCAAAAAGGAAAGCCAGAUACCUUCCUUUCCACAAUUGAAGCUAUUUACUACUUUCUGGUAGACUACCAUACUGAUAUAUUAAAGGAGAAAUACAAAGGACAGUAUGACAAUCUUUUAUUUUUCUACUCUUUUAUGUACCAGUUGAUAAAGAAUGCCAAAUGCUCUGGAGACAAGGAAACAAGAAAACUUAUCCAUUAGUUUUUAAGAAGCCAUUUUUGUCAUUUUAUUUUGCUAAAAUCAUUAAACUUUUAAUUGUGCUUUGUU